AUGCAUUGUUCUUCCAAUAGGAAACGGUCUGUUCAACAUCCAAGUGAAUAUGAAACAGCAAUUCAUACACCUAAACGUAAUCGACUGGAGAUGACUGGUAGCAAUAUUGGAUUUGAUUAUCAUUCUACCCAAUCUAAUCGGAAUCAACAGGAAAUUAUAAAAACAUCAGUAUCGACAACUAAUCAUUCAUAUUUCAAUACGUACCAUCAACCUAAGAAAAUUUCUAAUGACUCAUCAGCUCGCUUUCGACGUGAGUCAUCAAGACAAUCCUUUCCAUCAUUUCGUAUUAUAUUGCGAGAUGUUGAUAAGUAUCCAACAGCAGAAUUAAGUGUAAUUAAGGAGCUAAAUAAAUAUUUUAAAUUAAAUCUAACUUAUGGUCGUUAUGCAAAAGCAGCAAAUAAUCAAAUAUGCUUUUUACUUUAUACUAAUACAACAGCUCAGUUUGAACAUCUUAUGUGUGAAUCCAAUUGGCCGGAUAGAAUAUGCAAUAGCGAGUAUAUUUUAGAUUUACCAAAAAAGAUACCAGUAUCAUAUUCAAUAGUUGUUCUAAAUGUUCCAUCUCAAUGGAAUGUUGAAGCUUUUGGAAAUGAAUUGAAACAACAUUAUCCAUCAAUUGUACGUGUAGUACGUUUAUUUAUAAAAGGUGGACGUCCUUUAUCUAAAGUUAGGGUUGAUUUUUCGUCGUGCAAAGAACUAUCACCUAUACUUAAAUCUAAACGUAUAUUACUCGAUGAUAAUAAUACUGCAUAUGCAGUUGAACAAUAUGUACCACCAACUCAGGUAUUACGAUGUUACAAUUGUCAAGCGUAUGACGAUCAUAUUGCUGCUCAUUGCCCAAAUAAAAAUAAUCCAAUUUGUUUCCGGUGUGCCCAGCAGCAUCCCUAUAAUCCAAAGUGUAGUAAUCCUGUCCGAUGUGCUCAUUGUCAAGGUGAGCACAUGGCAGGCAAUCCUAAUUAUCCAUUUAAGUUAGAAAAACGUUAUGAAAAAAGCCAGCGGUUGAAAUUGUCAAACGGAACAAUUAAUUCAUCAGCUGUACAACGUAAAAAUGCCUGGACUACUAAUACACGAGAAAAGCUUUUUGGAAAUGAUAUAACAAAUGUAACACCAAUGACAUGUGCUAUUUCAUCAUCAAUGGUUAACGAUAACAACAACUAUCAAUUAGACAUUUCAAAUGUCUUAAACCAAAUAAAUAACACGAUGCUGGUUGUCAAACAACAACAAGAUGAACUAAAUAAAAAGUUCAGUUUAUUCGAAGUGAAUUUAAAUAGUUAUAGUAAUGAGAUGAACCAUAUUAAAUUUUGUAUAAAUGAUAUUCUAUGUCCACUUCUUAAAGAAAUUUCAAAUCAAGUCUAUUUAAAAGCAAAAGGUGUUAAUAAACAAACUAUUUCACCAUUACAUAAUAAAUUAGUGGAUUUUAUUUCAAAAAAUAGUAACCAUACCAAUGUUGACAAUUUAUCCUGUAUUAAUGCUAUCGUCCAAGACCGUGCAAUAUCCAAUAGCGUUUUCGAUCAUAUGGCAAGUGAUGAAUCCUAA